GAGGUGAGGCCGCCGCUGUCCCUCCAUCACCUUCCUGGCCCGGGAGGGGAAGCCACUGCUGCGGGCGUCUGGGGCCAGAGGCAGCUCAGCAGCGCCCCGUCGAGGCCUGAGCUCUCCCCAGGCUAGCUGCUUGCGGUUUCCCUUCAUCUCGCGGAUCCUCUUCCGCCACCCAUCGGGGACAACGUCUGCGCCAAUUCUGCCCUGCCCCGCCCCCGUUCUGCCGACCGGAUGUUAACAACUUUCCCAUAGUUCCUCGCGAAUGGCGGGCCUGAUAGCGAACUCCGGAGGGUCGCACGCGAGUUCUGGUUGUCAGUGUUGGGGUUGUUCUGUCGUGUCAGGAGGCUCUCCGAAAUUGGGGCCCGGUGUCUGCCUCCUCCGCUAGUGCGAUGGCGUUUCUCCGAAGCAUGUGGGGCGUGCUCAGUGCCCUGGGAAGGUCCGGAGCGGAGCUGUGCACCGGCUGUGGAAGUCGACUGAGCUACCCCGUCAGUUUUGUUUAUUCACCGAAAUGGUUUUCAUCUGUCGUGGCACGUUAUCCAAAGAAACCUGUAAGUUCUUACAUUCGAUUUUCUCAAGAACAACUACCCAUAUUUAGAGCUCAGAACCCAGAUGUAAAAACUACAGAACUAAUUAGAAGAAUCGCCGAGCGUUGGAGGGAACUUCCUGAGUCAGAGAAAAAAAUAUAUGAAGAUGCUUAUAGGGCAGCCUGGGUGGUAUACAAAGAAGAGGUGAACAGAAUUGAAGCAAAGCUAACUCCAUGUGAGAUUAUGUCUUUGAAAAAAGAAGUGAUAAACAAAAAUUUAAAAAGGAAACUUGUGUUAAAAAAGAGAGAGUUAGCACUGCUUGGAAAACCAAAGAAAGCUCGUACAGCUUAUAACAUUUAUGUAGCUGAAUGCUUCCAAGAAGCUAAGGAGGGUACACCGCAGAAAAAGCUGAAGACUGUAGUUGAAAACUGGAAAAAUCUGUCUAGUUCUGAAAAGAAAAUAUAUGUUCAGCUUGCUGAAGAUGAUAAAAUUCGUUAUGAUAAUGAAAUUAAGUCUUGGGAAGAACACAUGAUUGAAGUUGGGAGAAAGGAUCUUUUACGAAAAAUGAAGCAACCAUCAAAAGAUGACACAGACUUCUUAGACGAUUGAGAUGUGUUCACAAUGGAUAGGCACAAGAAACCAGUUAGGUCUCAAUACCUGAAGCUAUUAUAAAAUUAGAAAUUUCUUUUUCUUCAGCUCAUGGACCUCUGCCAGUGUAAUACUUGCUUUGGAAAACCCAGAUAAAGGUUUAUGCAAAAUUUAUUUUGUAUUUAGGAACUACUGAGGAUAAAAGUAAUCCAUGCAAAUGUGAAUUAUUUUACCUUUGAUAAAGGUAAAUCAGACUAUGAAGUUUUUUUUAUACAGGAUGAUGUAAAGAGUAUUCUUGUUUCCUUAUAUUAUGGAGGCAGGAGUUUCCUUUUCAUAAUUGUUACAAACUGUAGAAGCCACAGUGUUCUGUGAUAUAAUCGUGCAUUUUUCAAAAAGCAGCCUGAACUCACCUAGGUAAAUUCCAGUUUCUAGGUAUAAUUCAUAUUAUAUUCAGAGUUGAUGGUUGUACAUGUAAGUGAUUGCUAGUUUCAGUUGCAACUUUUUAUAAAAGGGGCUGAGAAAUUUAUAAACCUUUUUCUCACUGUCUUUUUUCUAAAGUAAAUACUAAGAAAUUAUGUACCAGAUCUAUUUUAUGUUGCAUAGAAUCAAAAUUUUAAUCUUUAAUUUUCAUUUUCUAAUUAUAUCUUUUAAGAUGAAACAUUUGUUUCACAGCUUUUUUCUUUUUUUUAAGUAAGGAAUUAUAUUUUUUUCUGAAUUAUUUUCUCUCAUGUGAGUAUAUUGAUCAGAAAGAAAACUUGUAUAUAUUUUAAAAUGAGAAAUCUAAAAAAUGAAAAGUCUCCAAAGUCUCUGGAAUUUGAAACACUUUGCAUAAUGUAUAAAAAGAGUUGGCUGUAAGAGACAGCCAACUAAGGCCUGUGGGCCAAAUCCAGCCUGCUGCCUGCUUUUUAUGGCUGGUGAGCUAGGAAUUAUGUUUAUAAUUUUAAAAUUUUUUAAAAACUUUUAUGAUACUUGAAAAUUAUUAACAUGAAUAUUCAUAAAGUUUAUUGGAACAAAACCAAGAUCAUUCUUUUACUUGUCUAUGGCUGCUGUUCUGUUAUAGUGACAGAGUAGCUGCCAAAGAAACUACAGUCCACAAAGCCUGAUAUUUACUGUGUCUAUUUACAGAAAAAAUUUGCCAACUCAUGGUCUAUAAUAUAGUGUGAUAUGAUGACUGUUCCAGUGUAUUGAGGUGUUAGGAUAGUUUUUCAACUGUUUUCAAAUAUUAUGGUUUUAGAAUUGUUGUCACCUUUAAAAGGAAAUAGGUUAUCACUGUGUAAGCCUAACAAAUUGUUGUUUCUCAGUGUUAGCAAGGAAAAUAAUCUAGUUUCAAAUUACAUUGCAGUAUAAUGAAAAAGAUCCAUAUAGUGUGGAUUGAGAGUCUUUUAAAAUUACUUGCUAUGGCUUAGUAAAAUGCACCUCUUCCAAUUAGCACAUAUCACAAAAACCUCACUGUUGUUGAAAGCCAUCUUUCUUUAGCAUUUGUUCAUUCUUUCAGGAGAGUCAAGCAAAGAUUUUCAAAAUCCACACCACCUGUUUGACCUGAAUAAUUCAUCUUUUUUUUUUUUUUUUUUGAGAUGGAGUCUUGCUGUUGCCCAGACUGGAGUGCAGUGGCAUGAUCUCAGCUCCCUGCAACUGCUGCCUCCCUGGUUCAAGUGAUUCUCCUGCCUCAUCCUCCCAAGUAGCUGCAAUUACAGGCGCGUGCCCACUAUGCCCAGCUAAUUUUUUGCAUUUUUAGUAGAGACGGGGUUUCAUCGUGUUAGCCAGGAUGGUCUCAAUCUCCUGACCUUGUGAUCUGUCUGCCUCAGCCUCCCAAAGUGCUGGGAUUCCAGGCAUGAGCCACCGCGCCUGACCUCAUCUUUCAUCAUCAGUUCACAGGUACAGGAUAACUCAAUUUAUAUGCACUGUAUAUGUUAUGCAAAAUAUUUAGAAAUUGUAGACUCUAGAUCUCCAGAAAGACUUUGAAGACUUUGAUGUCACAAAAGGAUGAUUUGUUAUAUGCUGAGCUUGACAAAGAUAGGAAUGUGAGAGAAAAAUAAUAGUUUAUGAGGAAAGAUGAGACUUAAAUAUAUAAAGUUGCAUGUUUUAGAAUAACUUCUCCCUACGGUUGCUUCUCCCUCUGGGUGUAGACAGGACAGUGUCAGCCAUUAGUGAAAUAGAUACAAUGGGUUUGAGGCCAGCAGUUUGGGAGUAGAGGGAAAGAGAAAGAGAUGUGCUAGCAUCUGUCACAGGCUUUCUCAAUUAGGUUUUCAGGAGAAAAUGCAGCCCUAAUUUCCUGUAUCAUCUAGAAUGGUACUAAUUAUGUACAAUCCUUAGGAGAAUGGAGACAGUUGUAACUCAAAUCAUUGACUCAGUUCUAUUCUGUUCAGAUGAGCUCAGAGUGCACAUAGGAGUGUUUGUAAUGAUUGAGUUAGAGGAAUGAGUUAUGCAAACAUCUCAGGACAAAUGCAGCAUAAAAAACAUUGCUGUAGUUAACUCUGCAGGGAAAUUUCCUCUGAGCUCUUUUAACAUUAACUACCUGUACUGUUUUAUACUUAACAUUCACAUCAUGCCUUCCCAAACAUAUUGGGAAGUUCAGCAUUAAGUAUGUUUCUCAAAUACUUAACAACUUCAUAUAGGAAAGAAAGGUGUAAACAGUGAAGAGUUAGAGCAAAACAAUUUUAUGAUAACUUUAUGGUAAUUUCAAAUUGGAUCUGGUUCUCUGUUCCUAAAAUAGUGUAAUUUUUAAUAUUUUAAAUAAUAGGAUAAUCUGUUUUCCAAGCCUUAUUUCCUCCCCUGACAUCCAGAAUACACACUGGAUCCAAGCCUUUCUUAAACUUCAAUAUGUGUGGAAGACUGACAUGCCAUAUACCAAAUGCUAUUUAGCUUUAACAGUAGACAGAGAUUUUCUGUUAUAAAGAAUAAGAGCAUCAGUAACCAGUGAUCACUCAUAUAAAGCCUUAUUAUUUUGUGUGUGUGUGUAUUAGGUCUCACUAUGUUGCUCAGGCUGGAGGGCAUGCUGUGAUCUUGGCUCACUGCAGCCUUGACCUCCUGGGCUCAAGUGAUCCUUCUAAAUAGUUGGGACUACAAUAGGCACACACCAUCAUGCCUGGCUAAUUUUUGUAUUUUUUUGUAGAGAUGGGGUCUUGCUGUGUUGCCCAGGCUGGUCUCAAACUCCUGGCGUCCAGCGAUUCUCCUUUCUUGGCCUCCCAAAGUACUGGGAUUCUAGGCAUGAGCCACCAUGCUUGGCUGUAAAUAAAACCUUACUACUUUUUUUGGAGACACAGUCUUGCUCUGUCCAAGCUAGAAUGCAGUGGCAUGAUCAUGGCUCACUGCAGCCUUGAACUCCUGGGCUCAAGAGAUCCUCCCAUUUCAGCCUACUGAGAAGCUGGGAUUAUAGGUGCAAACCAUUAGACCUGGCUAUUAUUUUUUAGACUUUUCUUAAUUUGAUCCAACAAAGUAGUUGCUAUAGGAACUGAGUGGUAGAAGGAAAGGUGCUGAAGAAAUGAAAUAAAGCAACGUGUAUACUGUCAUGAAUAGUCAUAUAGUAGUUUUUAUACUUUUGUUCUUUGGAGUGCCAAUACUAGGUUUUAUAAAAGUAAUUAGUUGAGGGGAGAGAGGGUUGUGUGUUUAUUUUAUUUUCUGAUCUUUACUUAAUACUGUGUACAAAUUCAGCAAACUAUAAUUCUGUAACUAUUUUUGCUUUUGGCUAACUCCUUUUUUGGAAACAUCUUUUUUUUGUACAGGGUGUAUGUUAUUUUUUUUCUAGCUGCUCUGAAUGUGUAUAUUUUGAUUUCUGAAUUGAAAAAAUUAUAGUAGCUUACUUAAGUAGAUUUAAAGUAAUUAGAACACUUUACUUUUCUGAUGUUUUCUGUACCUAAAAUUUAUCACCACCAGGUUGUGCUAAAACAGCAGGAAAUUUUUAUAUUGUGAGUGACAUCCUUAGGAGAAUGGAGACAGUUGUAAUUAUUUCUCUUAAUUUUACUAACAUUUACUAUAAGAAUAUUCUCUCCCUCUUUUCUCCAUUCACAGCUACUCUCCCUCCUCUUCAUAACAUCAAGCUAUCACAGACAAAUCUGAAAAUGUUACAAGCACAGACUAUGUUGUAUGUUUUGAAAUUUUAAAGCAGUAAUGUUCCUUUUAAAAUAGAACUUCUGGAAAGAAUAAGAAUAUUAAUACAUUUAUUGCUGUAAAUUUGUAAGACUUUUCAAACAAAAAGCAAAACCAUACAAAGCUAGUGUCAGUCUCACAUUGUUCACAAAUAAAGAACUUUGGAUAAUUUAUUAAAUCACUGAUUAUAUUUGAUAUGAAAUACAUAAAACAUACAACCAUUCUCUAAUACAUUUCAAAAUGUUUCACUGGUUAAGGAGCCAGUAAAUAAAGUUGACCCUAAAAAAGAAUUUUAAAUAAACUAAACAUUUUUUAAUCACCUAA